GCUGCAGAAAUUGGUAACAUUGCAUUGCCAGGCUCUGCUCGCGUGAAAAGGAGGCUUUAAUAUCGUUUGCUCGUUUUAAUUCCAGCCAGCUAAACUCGAAAGCGACGGACUACGCGUAUUAUCAUCCGUAAGAAGGAAGAGCAUUCGCCUGACUGAGGGGAAACAUCGCAGCAUCUUCUACAACAGCAUUGCAACCAAGGAAGUAGGAUCCCGAAUCUGUGGUCUUGGCUCGGUUUUAUAACCAACACUGUUUUAACGGCACCUUUACGUCUCUUUUUUUGUCACGACUGUACUUUUUCGUGAAAUUGUGUAUUACCCAAAUCCUUCGCGCGAGGUGUGUGAAUGAUGAUUAUUGGAUAUGAUCAUUCGGCUUUUGAUGGAUUGUGUAAUACGGGACGAUAAACUUUAACCGGCGUUCGGUUCGUGACAGCGUUUGCGGGGAGAUGUAAUUUACAGAGAUGUAUUUAACAACUGGAUUACUUUAAGAAACUUGCUGUCUUUAUUUGCUGGGUGAACAAGCUCUUCUGGAUGCCAGACCUAUACAGAUGAGAAGAACUGGUGGCUGGGACUACAUCGCGUGUUGUGAUGCUUCUUCUUUACACGCUGUCUGAUGUGAAUUUGGAUUUCUAUAGUCAAAUCUGUGCGUUUUUAGAAUGGCUCGCUUCGAAGACGAUCUCCCGACUCGGUAUGGAGGCGGUGGCUCUCCAGCGGGUCAAGGCAGAGGGGCAAGCCGGCAGCCAGGCCCCCCGGGCGUGCAGAGGAUGUAUAAGCAAACAAUGGCCCAAAGAGCCCGGACAAUGGCCAUAUACAACCCGAUACCGGUCAAACAGAACUGCCUCACAGUCAACCGAUCCCUUUUCAUCUUCAGCGAAGAUAAUAUUAUUCGGAAAUAUGCAAAGAAAAUAACAGAGUGGCCUCCAUUCGAGUACAUGAUUCUUGCCACCAUCAUAGCAAACUGCAUAGUACUGGGUUUAGAGCAGCAUUUACCUGCGUUAGACAAGACACCCAUGUCAAAACGGCUGGAUGACACAGAACCCUACUUCAUUGGAAUAUUUUGUUUCGAGGCCGGGAUCAAGAUCAUUGCCCUAGGCUUUGCUUUUCAUAAAGACUCCUAUCUGCGCAAUGGGUGGAAUGUGAUGGAUUUUGUUGUUGUGUUGACGGGGAUUCUGACCAUAGUGGGCCCUGACUUUGAUUUGCGGACACUCAGGGCAGUGAGAGUUUUGCGGCCGCUCAAACUGGUGUCUGGAAUUCCCAGUCUCCAGGUGGUUCUAAAGUCCAUCAUGAAGGCGAUGGUACCUCUGCUUCAGAUAGGUCUCCUGCUCUUUUUUGCCAUCCUCAUGUUUGCCAUCAUCGGUCUAGAUUUCUACAUGGGCAAGUUUCACCGUACCUGCUUCAAAAACAGUACCGGGGAGCAGGUAGCUGAAUUCCCCUGUGGGACGGAAGCACCAGCGCGGAUGUGUGAGAAUGACGCCGUUUGUCAAGAAUACUGGAUCGGUCCGAAUUUCGGCAUAACUAACUUUGACAACAUCUUGUUCGCUGUGCUCACUGUCUUCCAGUGCAUCACUAUGGAGGGAUGGGUGGACAUCCUUUACAAUGCCAACGAUGCCUCAGGGAACACCUGGAACUGGCUUUACUUCAUCCCCCUCAUCAUCAUUGGCUCUUUCUUCAUGCUCAAUCUGGUUCUGGGUGUGCUGUCAGGGGAGUUUGCCAAGGAGAGAGAGCGUGUGGAGAAAAGGCAGGAGUUCCUGAAGCUGCGCAGACAACAGCAGAUCGAGAGAGAGCUGACCGGCUACCUGGAGUGGAUCUGCAAGGCAGAGGAAGUCAUGCUUGCUGAGGAAGAUAAACACGCAGAGGAGAAGGACGACAGUGCCUGGUACAAGAGGAAAUGCAACAACCCAGUAUUGAAAAGGGCUAAAAAGAGCAAAAAUGACCUCAUCAACGCAGAGGAGGGUGAAGAUCAUUUCACAGACAUCUCAUCAGUCGCUCCCCAGGGUUCUCCAUUCACCCGUGCGAGUGUGAAGAGCAGCAAGAAUGAGAACUCGUCGUACUUGCGGAGGAAGGAGAAGAGGUUUCGCUUCUUCAUUCGACGUAUGGUGAAGGCCCAGAGCUUCUACUGGAGCGUACUGUGUAUCGUGGGACUGAACACACUGUGUGUGGCUAUAGUCCACUACGACCAGCCCGACUGGCUCACAUAUGCGCUGUAUUUGGCGGAGUUUGUGUUCCUCGGUCUGUUUCUAAUAGAGAUGAGUCUGAAGAUGUAUGGCCUCGGGCCCAGGACCUACUUUCACUCCUCAUUUAACUGCUUUGAUUUUGGGGUGAUUGUGGGAAGCAUUUUCGAGGUGAUUUGGGCAGCAGUAAAACCAGGAGCAUCUUUUGGCAUCAGCGUGUUGCGAGCGUUGCGUUUGCUGAGGAUAUUCAAGGUUACCAAGUAUUGGAACUCUCUGAGAAAUCUGGUGGUGUCUCUGCUCAACUCCAUGAAGUCUAUCAUCAGUCUUCUGUUCCUCCUGUUUCUCUUCAUUGUGGUGUUUGCUCUGCUGGGGAUGCAGCUCUUUGGCGGACUGUUUAAUUUUGAUGAUGAAACCCCGACUACCAACUUUGACACGUUCCCAGCUGCUAUUCUGACAGUGUUUCAGAUUCUGACGGGGGAGGACUGGAACGCUGUGAUGUAUCAUGGAAUUGAAUCUCAGGGCGGAGUUCACCGGGGAAUGUUCUGCUCCAUCUACUUUAUUGUGCUCACGCUGUUUGGAAACUACACUCUCCUGAAUGUCUUUUUGGCCAUCGCUGUUGAUAACCUCGCUAAUGCGCAAGAACUUACCAAGGAUGAGGAGGAACAGGAGGAGGCCAUCAAUAAGAAACUGGCUCUGCAGAAAGCUAAGGAAGUAAAGGAGGUCAGCCCCAUUUCGGCUGCUAACAUUUCCAUCACAGCUUUUAUAAGGCCAAAUCCUGGUGCUGGUUCACGCAGCUCCUCCAACUGCAGCUCUCAUUCUCCUAAAGAACAGCAACGAUCCCUAAAAAUGAUGUCCGUGUGGGAGCAGCGCACCUCCCAAAUCCGGAAGCACAUGCUGGCCAGCAGUGAGGCGUUGUACCAGGAGGAGCUCCACCCACGGCUGACAUCCGACCUCCACCUUCGCCCUGACAUCAAAACUCACUUAGAUCGGCCUCUACUUGUAGAACCUCGUUGUGAUGGCCCCAUCAGCCCCGGGGCCAACUGGGACAAGCCCCAGGAUAUGCAAGGGGAAGCUGGCACACCGGAGGAUAGAGACGCCCCUAUUAUGGAACCCCCGCAGUACCGCCCACCACGCAAGCACCACCGUCACAGGGAGCGGCCUUCCAACGAGACCAAUGAGAACGGAGACAUGGGACACGGCAAAGAAGGUAGGCAUCACGUUCAUCACAGCCGCAGCAAAGAGCACGACGGGACGCGAUGUAAGGAGGGGAAGAACGACAGGAGCCAGAGCAGGGAGGGGGGCCGCAGACAUCACCACCAGAGCUCGGUGGACGAGGGAGGCAGGGAGAGGGAACAUCACCACCAUCACUCCCACAAACAUAACAGGGAGGGAAAUGGAGUGGUCAGCGCUGGGGGCAAGAGCGAAAGGAGGUCCAGGCAUAAGGAAGGCUCACGUUCCGGAACGAGGGAAGGGGAGAGGUGCUCCAGAGAAGAGAACGGAGGUAACGGAGGGAGGAGGAGGCACCGGCCGCGGAGCAGUAAAGCUCAGUCCACGCUGGAGGGAGAGGAUGAACAGGGAAAUGGAGAGAAAGAGGAGGGCAAGUUGCACAGCCACAGCUCCAGACACAUGGACAUGGGAGGAGAUUCACUCGCCGUAAACCCCCAUCACCCCCCAGUCGGCAACAGAUGGUGCCUUGAGAAACAAGAAGAAUCGGACAACAAGCGGAACAUUGGUCAGACUGGAGGAAUGAGUACACACAUUCCUGUAACCAUCACAUCUCCACCUGGGGAGACAACCCUUAUACCCAUGAACAGUAUAGACAGUGAGACUGUGCCCAUGACUGAGAAGAAUCUGGAGGAUCUAAACCAGAGUAGCCCUCGUCCCAUCCUCCCCUUCAGCUCCAUGUUCAUCUUCAGCCCAACCAACCCGGUGAGACGUCUGUGCCACUACAUUGUGAGUCUGCGAUACUUUGAGAUGUGUAUCCUGGUGGUCAUUACUAUGAGCAGUAUAGCUCUGGCCGCCGAGGACCCGGUCCAAGCCAAUGCUCCUCGCAACAACGUGCUGAAGUAUUUGGACUACGUCUUCACUGGUGUUUUCACAUUUGAGAUGGUCAUUAAGAUGGUGGAUUUGGGUUUGUUGCUACAUCCCGGCUCGUACUUCAGAGAUCUGUGGAAUAUUCUGGACUUUAUUGUGGUCAGCGGUGCGCUGGUGGCGUUCGCAUUCUCAGGGACCAAAGGAAAAGACAUCAGCACCAUCAAGUCCCUGAGGGUGUUACGAGUUUUGCGGCCCUUGAAGACAAUUAAACGUCUGCCAAAACUGAAGGCCGUGUUCGACUGUGUGGUGAACUCGCUGAAGAACGUGUUGAAUAUCCUCAUCGUUUACAUCCUGUUCAUGUUCAUCUUCGCCGUCAUUGCCGUGCAGCUCUUCAAGGGCAAGUUUUUCUUCUGCACAGAUGAAUCCAAAGGCUUGGAGAAAGACUGCAGGGGCCUGUUCUUGGAUUAUAAGGAUGAGGUGGCAGCUCAGCCGAGAGAGUGGAAGAAAUACGACUUCCACUAUGACAAUGUUCUGUGGGCCUUUCUGACACUUUUUACUGUUUCCACUGGGGAAGGCUGGCCCACGGUUUUGAAGCAUUCUGUAGAUGCCACAUUUGAGGAACAAGGUCCCAGUCCGGGCUACCGCAUUGAGAUGUCCAUCUUCUACGUCGUCUACUUUGUGGUCUUCCCCUUCUUCUUUGUCAACAUUUUUGUGGCUUUGAUAAUCAUCACAUUCCAGGAGCAGGGCGAUAAAGCCCUGUCAGAAUGCAGUCUGGAGAAGAAUGAGAGAGCCUGCAUCGACUUUGCCAUCAAUGCCAAGCCGCUGACCCGCUAUAUGCCGCAGAACCAACAGUCUUUCCAGUACCGCUUGUGGAAGUUUGUGGUCUCGCCACCCUUUGAGUACUCCAUCAUGAUCAUGAUCGCCCUCAACACUGUGGUCCUCAUGAUGAAGUUUUACGAGGCACCUGACUUCUAUGACGCGAUGCUGAAGUAUCUCAACGUUGUCUUCACUGCUCUGUUUUCGAUGGAGUGCAUUCUCAAGAUUAUUGCUUUCGGACCCUUGAAUUACCUGAAAGACGCCUGGAACGUGUUCGACUUUGUGACCGUGCUGGGAAGCAUCACUGACAUCGUAGUCACUGAGAUUAAUGACCGUAUGCUGAACCUGAGCUUUCUGAGGCUGUUCAGAGCAGCCCGACUUGUCAAACUCCUCCGGCAGGGAUAUACCAUUCGCAUUCUCCUCUGGACCUUCGUUCAGUCUUUUAAGGCCCUACCUUAUGUUUGCCUUCUAAUCGCCAUGCUGUUUUUCAUCUACGCCAUCAUUGGAAUGCAGGUGUUUGGAAACAUUGAGCUGAAUGAGGACACCGCCAUCAACCAUCACAACAACUUUCGCACUUUCCUCCAAGCGCUUAUGCUGCUGUUUAGGAGCGCCACUGGUGAGGCCUGGCACGAGAUCAUGCUGUCCUGCCUGAGCGAGCGGAGGUGUGACGUGCGCUCGGCGAUCCAUGGGAAGGAGUGUGGCAGCGAUUUCGCCUACUUUUACUUUGUGUCCUUCAUUUUCCUCUGCUCCUUCCUGAUGUUGAACCUGUUCGUGGCCGUCAUCAUGGACAACUUUGAGUAUCUGACACGUGACUCCUCCAUCCUGGGCCCUCACCACCUGGAUGAGUUUAUCCGAGUGUGGGCGGAGUAUGACCCGGCUGCCUGCGGACGGAUUUCCUAUAAGGAUAUGUACAAUUUGUUGCGAAUUAUCUCGCCCCCUCUUGGCUUAGGGAAGAACUGCCCUAAUAGGGUAGCAUACAAGCGGCUGGUGAAAAUGAACAUGCCCAUAGCGGACGACAACACUGUGCAUUUCACAUCUACCCUGAUGGCUCUCAUCCGCACCGCCCUGGAGAUCAAACUAGCAUCCGGCAUGGUGGCCCAGCGUCUGUCAGACGCUGAAAUGAAGAAGGAGCUCUCCACAGUCUGGCCAAACCUGUCUCAGAAGACCAUGGACCUGCUGGUCACUCCACACAAACCCAAUGAGCUUACAGUGGGAAAGGUGUAUGCAGCUCUUAUGAUCUUCGACUAUUACAAGCAGAACAGAGCCAAAAGGCUUCAGUUGCAACAACAGCAGCAGAGAGAGCAGGCAGGACCUGGAUCUCAGAAUAAAGUCAGUGCUCUCUUAGAGCCCAUUCUUCCUUUAACCCACAUGCAAGAUCAGACCAUGAACAGUGUGGACUCCACCAUACCCAGCUCCACCACACUCAACAACGGACGCACGCAUCUUGACAACACCAUUAAAGGAUCUUCAUCGUGGGCCUCAGAAAAGUCCAAGGAGGUCCAUAAGUCCAAACGGCGGCCAAUCUUGAGGGGCCAGUCAGAGGAAGCCUCGAAUGCAAACACUGCCCAGGAAUCCGUAGAAAUGAGGAAUAUGGAGAACAGUGCCAACACGCCAACUUCUGCCAGCCUUGAGGGCCAAGGACGUGCAGUAUCCAUGCCAAAACUCAAUGCAGAGAUGCAGAGGAGUCAUUCCCGUCAUUCUCCUGGAACCUUACUGGAACCCAUUCCGGAUUCCCCAAUGAGACGCCCGGCGUCCACUUUUGCAACACAGCGCCCUCAGGAGGUCAAUCUGAACGACUACAUUUUGGAGAAACCGGUUCAGGAACGACAACACCACCAUCACCAUCAUCACAGAUGUCACCAUCGCAGGGACAAAGAUAAGAAACAGAGAUCACUGGACCGGUCGCCGACCGCUCAACACAAGGCCACAGGCACAGCGGCUGACCCAGUUGAGGAGAGGGUUUAUGACCGGGGUCGUUCUCAUGACAGGAAGCACCAUUCGUCAUCAGCGGACAGGCAGCGGUAUUACUCCUGUGAUCGCUAUGGCAGCCGAGACCACUGUCCCAGCAAGUCUGCUGUGGCAAGCUGUGCCACCUCACCCACCGAGGCCCAGGAGGCCAAUCUCAACAAGCAGGGCAGUGGGUGGGCUAAAGGAAGCCCGGUGUUGUUGACUUCAGGGGCAAGCACUCCGAGCCGCGGGCGCAGGCAGCUACCCCAGACCCCUCUUACUCCUCGCCCCUCUGUGGCCUACAGGACUGCCAACUCUUCCCCUGUGCCCUUCCUGGGCUCUCAGACUGGCCUGCCUCCCCCGAGUCCCGGCAGGCUAAGCCGCGGGUUGUCCGAGCACAACGCGCUCUUACACAGCGGCUCCAUCUCCAGCUUGCCGGCCGCUGUCAGUCGCAUUAACUCAGAACCUUUCCUGGGCCCCCCGGACCACCCUGCCAGCCAGCGCGGCUGCCCGCUGCCCGAAUCGUACGCUGUCUUCCAAGAGGAUCAGAGCCGGUCUCCCAGGACUGUAGUGGUGCCGAUCGUGGCUAUUCCUCCACCUCCCCAACAGCCGUUCCGAGGGGUGCCCAACGGAUACCACUUCAGCACGGGCCCCACCGGCAGCAGAGGCAGGGCACGGCAGUACUACCCAGAGGCCGAUGACUGGUGCUAGGAUGGCUUUAUUAUACACACACAUUUGGCGAAUGCUUUGUUUUCAAAUCAUGAUGAGUUUUAUCAUCUCUUUUGUUUUGGAUGGUGUUAAUGCAGUGAUACGUGUGUACUUGUAUUUGUUUUCUCAGCAGCAACUUUGACUGAAUAGGCUAUAUGGUUAAGUUGGUGGAGUUCAAGACGUCAAAUCUCUUUACAAACACAUGAGAUUGAGAUCCAACAGGCUUUCACUUUUCUUAAAGUUUGCCUGUGUGAUCAUGUCCAUUAAACUCUAGUGUAACUUAAAUACAAACCGCAAUGGACAUACGGCCAGUUUCUUUGAGAGCCGACAUUAUAUAAGUCAAUUGUGAAACCCAAAAAGUGGCUAGAAGCAUAAACGUCACUCUCAACAGACAAUUUUGGGUUUUAAAUGAGAAAAUUUACAGAUACACGGACCCUAGAUACAUAAACCACCUGCUCUGCGUCACACUGUCGAGAAAGCAGAUUGUUCAUAUUGCUGCUGAUAACCAUUCCUAGCACAUAUCACUGUGUGAAAUCCUCGAAAACCAUAGUGUACUUUGUUUUAUAUCGAACUGUUGUAGAUAUUUUCUCGAUUGAUUUGUAUUGUGAGGAACUGUGCGUAAACCGCUUACGGCUUCACCAUACUGUCAGGUCUAACAGUUUUUAUCGACUGCUCCAGAUGUUAUUACAAAGUGCCUAAACUUUUGAAUACUGUAUAUUGUAGUCGUGAUGCAACCUCAGCCUUUUUUAGCGCAUCAACACAAGAGAGAACGGAACAAGGGGGUGAACGAAACGACAAGGUGUUAUGAUCGCAAGCCUUAAAAGCAAAGAUACAGUACCUUUGACACAUUAGGUUUCGAAUGGUAAUGACAGUAUGAUUGUUUUCGUUUUUUUUAAUUCUCGUCUCUUUUGUACAAUUUUAGUACUUGAUGGAAUGUUGACAAUUCCAUUACCAAACGCGUAUAUUAGUACGGAGUAACUGCAGUAGUUGUGUAUUUGUCCUGAUGAUGAAACUUUAUAACCACGAUUACAAAAAUGCAUGCUUACAAAAAACAUCUAUUUGAUUGAUCGCAACUACCAACAUUUACAAUGUAUAGUUCCCGUCCCGAUGAAGAUGCUCAGAGACUGCGUUGCUAUGUCUCUUCUCUGUUUUAGAUGCGAAAUUGACCGAAAAGUGAGUGCUUUUCUUUUGUAGCAGGUUGUUUGAUGUGAUUGUGUGUCGAGUUGUGUCGAGUCAGGGUCCUGGCACCAGUACAGUGGGCCGGUCUGUGUUAAGGUUAAACUUUCCCCUCCAUGGCACUCCUCCAAGCACCCAUACACACACUCGCAGCUUUCAUUCUACCGCCGUCCCCCAGCUGCCGGCUGUAUAGAAAUAUGGCCGGGCUACCUUUUUAUCAGUCUGGUAACAUGAGAGGAAUAUUUAGCCACCUUGACCGGUGAAUAGAGAGGGACAGAAUAAGAUGCUAUAUUGGGACGGACACAACUGAGAUUAUAUGAAGAGGACGUGAGUGAGUUCAAUUGGGCUUAUGAGCUCUUUCCAUCAUUUCACAUCAGUUUUCUGUUUAUCCAACUUGGAGAGUUGUUUGGGUAUUCAGGUGAUUCGGGUGUCAGGACUGACGACGAAUGUUCUUUUUUAACUUGCAUUUUCUUUGAAACUUUGUUUAUGUAGGGCUAUGCAACAAGAUGACACUUUAUCAAGAUAUACUUUGUUCAUUUUGUAGCUUUACCUGCUGGGAUACCCAGAUUCAGGCUUUAGCAUGGUAGUGACCAAAUCUUUUUCUUAAUAAAAAAAUGUAUGAAAAGGUAUAUUUUAGAAUGCAUAAAAGGCACAACGAUUAAAAAAGGAGAACUCAGCAAAACGUAUAUAUAUAUUACAAAAAUGCAAGUUUAUGUAUGUGCAUGCACCAGAGAUGUCAAGUUUGUCAGGGGAUGAAAAGAAAACAGUUUCCAAGCAACAGUCUGAACAACUGAUAUUUUUCUACACACUCUGAGAGUUCUGAGGUUAAAAGACGUGCUGAACAUUUGCUGAUAUUGUCAUGAGUUGUUGCAUUGUUCGUAUGGGACCUUUACACUCCUAGCACAUCCAUUCAUUGUUGUUCGGCACAUUGCCACUGUGGAUCAAGACUGCUGUUCUGUCACUGAACUCAUUCCUUCAGCUUCCCUAUGAUUUGGAUAAACGACAUAUUCAGCCACCAGAUCUCUCAAAAAGUUUUGCCAAAAUCUGACUUGCCCUUGUUCUUGCAACAACCGAGCUUACCGUGGCUGUUUCCUUGGAAAGAAUAAUGUCUGCAUGGUCUAAAAGUGUAUGUGCAUGUUGAAAUACCCAUGGUCUAUCUUCGUACAUUUUGAUACAAUGUAUUCUUUUGGUUUGAUUUUUUAACAACCUUUGAUAUGAAUUGGGGGAUUUGUUGAAACAAAAAAUAAAAUUUAUAAAGAAAAGAAAAGAAAACAGUAUUGAACUAUGUUGACAGCUCCGUUCAUGCAUAAGAGCUGGGGCAUUCUUUAUUUGAAUUCUGCUAGUGAGCUGUUUGUUGCCUGGUUUCUGUUUCAUGGCCAGACUUUGAAAUCUGCAGUUGUUUCUACCAUACCAUUUUGUAUGAAGCAAAAUCCUUGAAUUAAAAAAAGUGACAACUUUA